CAUAACCUCAUUUUUCAGUAUUUGUCAAAACAAAAAGACGGAUUUUUUACCUCCCGGAAAACUUGGAUUUUCUUCAUAAAUACCCAGUGCAAUAUGAGUGAAAGUACCUGUGAUAGCAAGGAUGAGUCCUCAGCAAUCAAUUCUGAGUAUCCCUCAGAGAAAACUAUAAAUCUCCUGGCUACGGGAAUUGUAAACCUCUACCAAGCAGACUUGGAGAAGAUAAAGAAGGACUUAAGGAAUUUAACAUCGAAGCAAGAGAAGUUAAUGGGUCAACUGGAGGAGGAAAAAGAACGAUUGGAUGAAAAGCAGCUGAGGGAUAUACAGGAAAUGAUGGACAAAGUGAAGAUUUACAGAGAAAAAUUAUUAAAUAUUAAGAAGCAAAUGACGAGUAUUCAUCAGAGAUCUAAGCAUUUGGUGAAGCGUUCUCAAGACCUGCAGGAAUUCAAGGAGAAGGAAAAACAGCAGAGGAUCCAAAAGAGACGACAAGAAGAAGCCCUAAUUGGCAAACCAUGAUAAACUAAAGAAAAAGCCAUCUGUAAAGUGAAAACAGUUAAAGCUAAUUUAUUUCUAUCUUCACGAUCACAUUCCGCAAGAAGAUACCCACAGGGACACUGGACCACAGAAAAAAAUGUAUACCGAUAGAGAAGAGAAAGACAUUCCCAUUCAUCCAAAAUUCUGCACACCUCACGGAAAUGGUGAAUUUGGUUGUGUGUCGUCAUCGAGCAUGUUCAUCGCAUCUGUAGGUGUUCUGUAUUCGUUUUGCAUGAGUUCUGUGAAUGAUACAAAUAAAUUUUUCAAUGAAAAGUGCCCCCAAA